AAAUAAACCCUCUCUGCCCUUCUUCUCCCAUCCUCUCAGAAUCAAGCAAUCCCUCUAUUCUUUUCUUUUCUCAGAGACAACCCCUCGAACAUCAUGGGGAACAAGUUUCAUGAUUUGCCUCCUUCCAAGAGGUACAAGCUCUUGCAGCAACAAGAAAACCAGAACCCAAAUCUCCUCCACCAAGAUCAACCCAGUAUUUCCUCACCUCCUUCUUGCCUCCCUGCCAAAAAACGCAAAGAGUUCCUCAAUUCCCUUCCAAUUCUCCCUGAUUCGUCCACAACAUUCUGUUUGCCUGCCAAGAAGAGAGUCUGGGCCAUUCCAGAUUUUGAUUUGAACAUCGAAUUCCGAGACCCUUUGGGAGAUUCUGAGGAAUCUGAGAAGGAAUUACGAUUACCAAAGGAUAUCAUCCCAGAUCUUGCAGAUGGCGAGAUCGUCAGGGAAGGCGCGAAAAUUGAAGGAAAAGAAAGGAAUGUUGUAGCUGAGAUAUUAAGAGAAGAAAGCGAGAAUGAUGAAGCUAAUGAAGAAGAAGAUGAUGGGAUUUUAUGCGCCAUCUGUGAAAGUACAGAUGGAGAUCCAUCCGACCCGAUUGUGUUCUGUGAUGGAUGUGAAUUAAUGGUCCAUACAUCUUGUUAUGGCCAUCCUUUUACAAAGGGUGUUCCAGAUGGUGAUUGGUUCUGUGCCCAGUGUUUGGGUUCUAAGAAAUUUUCCAAAAAUGGCAAGACUAAAGGUGUUGUUACUUGCUGCCUUUGCCCGGUGAUUGGCGGUGCGUUGAAGCCGACCACUGAAGAUGGCAAGUGGGCUCAUGUUGUUUGUGCUUUGUUUGUUCCUGAGGUCUUUUUCCAGGAUCCUGAAGGCAGAGAAGGGAUUGAUCUGACUCAAGUUCCACAGAGGAGAUGGAAACAUAAAUGUUAUAUUUGCAGAUCCAGGAAUGGAUGUGUCAUAGAUUGCUCUGAGCCCAAGUGUCCUUUGGCUUUUCAUGUGACCUGUGGAUUGGAUAAAGAUCUUUGCAUUGAGUAUACUGAAGGAAGGAACAAAUCAGAUAUCGUCGCUGGUUUCUGCCGAACUCACACUGAUUUGUGGAAGAAGCAACAACGAACGGGAAAGUUCAAGAUUGUAGCAAGAGACAUGCACGAGAAGUAGCGGGAUUUAUUGGACCAUGAAGUGCUUUUUUUUUUUUUUGUUUUCUGUUUUUAAGCUUAGCUUAGAGUUUUUGGAGUUAAGGAAUCAGUGUAUGAUGUUUAGAAAUUGAUGAUAUCUCAUAUACUCAAGUCUGAUUUUGUCAGCAGCCGUUUUCUUGAUUGGGGGUUAUGGCUUUGGUUGGUUGUCUGAUGAAUCAGAAGCAUUAGAGUUAAGUAUGCGUUUUGCUUCAAGCUUUUAACUAGGGGCCAAAGGCUUUUUUGCCUUCCUUUGAAUUAAAUUUUCUCCUUACAGUUGGCUUAUAUAAGAGAGAAUUGAUCACGGUUAUUUGUUGUGC